AGGGAGAGAGGGUUGGAGACAGGCAGCCACAACCCACCCGAAACACUGACCUUCUCUCCUUCUCCAUCUCCCUCCUCAUCACUGCAACUAAAUUAGGGUUUCUGCGGUCCAGAUAAAGAGAAACCCUAAUAAUCGCAGAGAAGAGAGAUGAGCAGUCAAGUGGGUGUGAGGCGGACCAGUCUCAGCCAAAGACGCGGCCCCUCCGCCGCGAUUAAGAAAUCUCCCCCUCCCGAGAAUGGAACCUCUAAUGGCACCACCAGCAAACCCUCCUCUCCUCCUCCCCUUUCGUCUGGUGGUGGGGAGAGGACGGUGAAGAAGCUACGGUUGUCGAAAGCCCUAACUAUUCCCGAGGGGACAACAGUAUCCGAUGCAUGUCGGAGGAUGGCGGCUCGCCGUGUGGAUGCUGUGCUCUUAACUGAUUCAAAUGCGUUGCUUUCCGGAAUUGUGACAGACAAGGACAUUUCCGCUAGAGUCAUUGCCGAGGGGUUGAGACCGGAGCAGACAAUUGUGUCAAAGAUCAUGACGCGGAAUCCUAUUUUUGUUAAUUCUGAUUCAUCUGCUCUUGAAGCUCUUCAGAAGAUGAUCCAAGGUAAAUUCAGACACCUCCCUGUUGUAGAGAGUGGUGAAGUUAUUGCCUUGUUAGAUAUCACAAAAUGUCUCUACGAUGCUAUAUCAAGAUUGGAGAAGGCAGCGGAGCAGGGGAGUGCCAUUGCUGCUGCAGUUGAAGGAGUUGAACGCCAGAUGGGAGGCAAUUUUUCUGCUCCAUAUGCUUUUCUAGAAACUAUGAGGGAUCGAAUGUUCAAGCCUUCCUUGUCAACCAUCAUUGGUGAAAAUACGAAGGUUGCUGUUGUUUCUCCAUCGGAUCCUGUCUAUGUUGCAGCAAAAAGGAUGCGGGAGUUUCGGGUUAAUUCAGUCAUAAUUAUAACGGGCAACAAGAUUCAGGGGAUACUAACUUCCAAGGAUAUCCUUAUGCGAGUUGUGGCGCAAAAUGUCUCUCCUGAGUUGACUCUGGUGGAAAAGGUAAUGACUCCAAACCCUGAGUGUGCCUCGUUAGAGACAACGAUCCUUGAUGCGCUGCAUAUAAUGCAUGAAGGGAAGUUCUUACCUCCUGUCUUAGACAGAGAUGGAUGCAUUGCUGCUUGCUUGGAUGUUCUGCAGAUAACUCAUGCGGCAGUGUCUAUGGUUGAAAGUAGCUCAGGAACGGUUAAUGAUAUGGCAAACACAAUGAUGCAAAAAUUCUGGGAUUCAGCACUUGCUUUGGAGCCACCUGAUGAUUGUGAUACUCAAAGUGAAUUGUCUACAGUGAUGGCUUCUGAUGGGGCUGAUGGAAAGUUUUCUUAUCCUUCUCUUGGUCUUGGAGAUUCAUUUGCCUUCAAAUUUGAAGAUCUUAGGGGUCGAGUGCAUCGAAUUAAUUGUGGCAUGGAAAAUUUAGAUGAGCUGGUAUCUGCUAUCAUGAAAAGAAUCCGUGUGGCUGAUGAUCAUGAUCAUCCUCACAUUUUGUUUGAAGAUGAAGAUGGUGAUAGAGUUCUACUUGCAACUGAUGAUGAUCUUAUUAGCGCAGUCAGCCAUGCUCGAGGAAUGGGACUGAAGGUUCUAAGGUUGCAUCUGGACUUCUCUGAUUCUAGCCACCGAAGUGUAUCAGGGUCAGGAACAACGACGACCCAAAGAAUGGGAUGGACGUCUUUGCACACCGGAGUUCUGGCAAGUGCUGCUGUGUUAACAGGCAUUGGGGUGCUGUUCUAUUUAAAGCGCACUAACCUGUAAUGCUUGUCCCGAUUGUGUAAAGAAAACAUACUAGGAUCGAUUAUAAAGGUACACAAGAGCCCACUUCGCCCUGCCAAACCUCAUUGGCAGAGGGCUCGGAACACCAGCAGCAGCAAGUGUUCUGUGACUGCACAAGGAUUAAAGGUAUGCAUAUUGUAGGUUAAACAAAAGAGCCGGAUGAAGGCGAUGACUGGAAAAUAGAUAUAUUUUUGUUUCAUGUAUUACCGUGGAAGGGCUCGCGCUUACUUGGCAAAUGAGAAUAUUGAGAAAAGAAAAUGGAGAAUUUGCUCCAAGCAAUCUGUAAAGCUCAUUCGAAUUAUAAUGCGGAAGGGAUUGCGUAGUUGCAAGUUUAA